AUGUUGAAUUCCGUUCUCUCGUUUGUUGGCUGGUCUAUACUUCCAAACUUGAUCACCACUAGGCUGCUUCCCGUGUUCCACCAGUUGUAUCAAAAUAUUCUACAUCGCCCUGUCCCGGCUCCAAAUACCCCACUGUACAAACAGCACGUUCGAUAUGUCUAUGCGUUUACAGUGACAGCCUACCUCUUAUAUGACCUCCAGCAAGCCGUUAGCUCAAUGCAGCCAAAUUAUUACGAGCUCUUGGGAGCCAAGCCAAUGGCAGACGAGAACGAAUUGAAGUUAGCUUUUCGACAAUUUGCGCGCAAGAACCAUCCUGAUCGCGCUGGCCCUGAUGGCGAAGAGGUUUUCAUGGAGGUCCGGGAUGCAUUCGAGAAGCUCAAGAAUCCGAUAACACGCUUUGCAUAUGAUAGGUUCGGCCCAAGUGCAAUGCAGUGGACGCAUUGUUCAACUUUGCGAGAAUAUGUCCAUCAUGGACUCAUGCAGUCUGCUGGAUUCUACAUCGCUUCGUUAUGCUUACUUUUCCUGAUCUCAUCUAUUGGCAAACCUAGUUACGUGGCUUUCUGGCGCUAUCUGUUGUUCGCUGCCGUCUUCGCGUAUGAACUCAAGCUAAUAUUGAGUCCCUCCACAUCUACAACAUCAAUAUCACUGCCUUCAUUGUUUCUCACCACUUCCGGAUCAUCAAACAACAGCAGCAUCUUCGGUUGGCUCUGGCCAGAAAAGGUCGCUUAUCAGCAUGUGCGCUUCCUGCAUUCCCUCUUCACGUCCUUGUCUAUCGCACUCUCGAGAGUGGCUCCUGUCCUCUACCCACCACAAGACGAUAGCACUGAUCUCCGAAGAUUGCACGGUGUCCUCGAGCAAAUCAGGAUGCUCGCGGGAUUAUUGAACCGUGAUGUACAUACGCAAAUACAAGCAGAACUGCAUGCGGUACAUGGGCCAAAAACAUGCACUCAGCCAACGGGCGCAACACUUGCACACUUGCCCCCAUGCGAAAAUCCUGCUGAUGAAGUUAUAGACUUACUUACAGAGGAAAUGGAGCAUAUGGUUAUCGAGCGACACCUCUUGGAUGGAGGGCCUCUUAAAAAUGCUCUUGACGCCGCGGUGGAGCAAGGGCGGAGAGCGGCAGACCAGCAAGCGACCCUCGCAGGAACAGGCAUGCCAUCGCCAACACCAUCACCGCCCCCUCAGCCGCCCGGAAAGAGCUCGCUGAGAAAUUUGCAGUUUCCGCUGACAUCUCCAGUGAAUUUAGUCGAUUCGAGUGAGGGGGGAUAUGUACGAGGUCGAUCGGUCUCGUAUUGA